AUGCCCGCGUCGGCGGUAGCGUCGCACUCAAGCAUGCUGGGCACCAGUUCUUCGUCGUCCAGCGAUGGCGUCCGCAAGGAGCUGCUGGACGUGUUGUCGGAAGUAAAAACGCGGGUGAUGGACACCGUGGGCAGCGUCGAUUUCCCCAUGCCGCAAUUUAUCCUGAUCGGGAAGCAAAGUGUCGGAAAAUCAAGAAUAAUAGAAACGCUGGCGGUAUGCAAGCAACUCUAUAACUUUUUAAGUGUAGAAGUUUUGGCGCUAGGUCGCGAAAACAAAUCUGCUUCCCUUGUCGGUUACAUUGUUUGCCUUACCUGAUAAUGUACUGAGAAUGUAACCAGUGAUCAUGAAUGUAUGAAUGCUCCUCAACUUACUUCCCACGUGGUUUCAGGGCGAGACCUUCAAUUUUGUCUCCGGGACGCUCGGUUCGCGGCGUCCGACGGUGCUCGAGUUUCGCAAUGUGCCCCAUUCCAAGCAAAGCAAGUGGAGCGUGCUGGACAAACAAAGCAACCGGUGGCAGGAGCACCCGGUGUCCCGCGUCAUGGAGCUGCUGGGCGAGGCACACGAAUCGCUGGGGGCCAGUAUCAGCGACCAGCCGGUGAAUGUCAAGCUCGAGUCCCCCAGCUGCGUGGACAUGCAAAUCGUGGACCUGCCCGGGUUCCGCGAGUUCGCGCUGGACGAAGAAAAGCAGCGGCUCGCGGACGCGAUCGAGCGCCUGUAUUACAAUGAAAAAUGCCCCCACCCCCGAACUUGGGAGCAUUUGUAUUGCGAACCUUUCCAGAGGAAGCAUUCGCCCUCUUGCAUCUAUCAGCAUCACAGACUUCCAAUCGUGAAUGGCAAAAAUUUGUAUUGCAAAAGAUCCCAGCAAGAGCGGCGCUUGUCAUGCAAGCGAUGCGAUAUACGCCUAGACCCUGCAUCAGAAAGAUUAUACCCCUUCCAUGCAUGGCAAAAACUUUUCAUUUGGAAACUUCGCAUCAGAAAUUUUUGCAACUGUGGGGGCGGUGGGGGCAUUUUUCACUGUAAUAGCCUGGUCACCCGGUUCAUGGAGGACAAGCGGAACGUGAUGCUGUGCGUCGAGCAGGCGGGCGACGCGGCAAAUUUGGGAACCUUGAACAAGUGCAAAAAAAUCGACCCAAACUUCGACCGCACGAUCCUGAUACGGAACAAGCUGGACAAGUAAGUAAUACUAAAAAUAUCCGCUGGGCGGGUCUGUAGUUGUAGUGGUGUUGCUUCAUCUAUUUCAACAUCGAAUCCUUCUUCAUCACAAUAAACAUUGAAGCUUCAUGCUGACGUUGUUGAAUUUGUCGUCCUCGCCUUGAAUUCUUCGUCUACAGCGACGGCGGAGCUGUACGGGCGGGUCUUGUAAAUUAAGUACUCCUGGUGCCCCCACAACAGGUUCUACCGCGACCUGACCCCGGAGAACGUCAACGACUGGCUGGAGGGUUUUGGCGACCUGCCAAAAAACCUGGAAAAGUUUGCCCUCACCUGUCCGCACUGGCAGGAGGGCCUGGACCAGCCGCCAGAAGGCUUUUCCACCCUGCGCGCGAAGAUGAACGACUAUCCCAGAGGAAAAAGGCUAUCAUAGCAUAACAACGUUUUAUUGCAAAAAUAUAUAAACACUUACGGAUUUUUUUUUGCACCCCGUUGAUCCCGAACAGCACAGCAGGGACCGCCCAGAAGAAGUUUUGCUCGGUUUUUCUUGUCUUUGCAUAAGAUUAUAAAUAGAAAUGCCACACGAUGUUAGGUUUUUUCUCUGGGAUGAAAAGAAGGAUGUGCAGAUAAUAAACGACCUCGGGGUCGGGGACCGGCUGAAGGAGACGGUCGGCUACGCACAGUUCGCGAAAGCGAUGGAAAACCGCAUUGAGGAGAUGUUUGCGGACGCGAUCGGCCCCGUUUUGAAGAAGCUGCGGGAAAUAUCCUGCGUAAAAACGUCCCCACACCAGAGUCAGGAUGGGGAUUUUGCAACACAAGCCUAGGAGUUUUGUGAGUCACGCAUGACAAGUUGCACUCCGCAGUGUAGUGCAGGUUAGCAAGUGCAGCCGCAUCACAUGUUCAUCUGCUCAUCCUGUUCACAGCGUCACAAAUUCCAAAACACGAUUGGCAAUGGCUCUCAUGGGGAUGCGCAUUACAAGUCUUUCUGUCUUUGCAAAUCUGCAUUACAGCUCUGGCGUGGGGACGUUUUUACCCAGGAUAGGAAAUGAAGGACAGCAUACAGGAGAAGAAAUCUAACAUGGAAGAGGAAAUCUCGCACACCAACCCCAGCCAAAUCUUGAACAGCGUGCGCGAGGCGGGGAUGAGCUUCGGCCACGCGUUGAACCACGUGAUGGAAGGGUAUGUGCGGAGCGACAUGGGCCGAAUAACCUUGGAGGAGGAGCUGCGGCAGUUCCACGCAAGCUACAACAGGAACGGAGGUAAGACAGUAGGAGCGCUGUUGAAAAAAAAUUUGUCGCGGUCGUAUGUGUUGGUCCACCUUAGUUUGAUGCCUUGACUCGUCUCAGGAUCAUCUCAGCUGGCAUUUGUAAAGAACGAGCCGCUUCUAACUUCGUGGCAGAGGACCCCACGAAUUUAAUACAAUCGACAUGUAGUCAAGAAACCACAACAUCAUUUUUAUCAGCUGACAAGGACUUCGCGCUGCUUCCCUCCGAAGACUUUCAGAACAUAGACGACUACAUCACGUGUUUGCGCGAAGAGCUAAAAGUUCCCGCUAUGGACGUGGAGAUCAACGGCGGGGCGCAGUUUCGACGCCUCAUGUUCGAGGUCGAAGUUUUCUGCAGGUAGAGCGAGAUUACUGUUGUUCGGGCCUACUUCUUGUCCCCGCGGGACAGAUUUUUAAUGAAAACGACCCAGAACAAUUGACUGGAGGUGCAAAUACAACUAUUGUUCUGGCCAGGAAGAAGUAGAAGCAAAUAAGACAAUAAAAUACGGUUUUUUGUUCAUCGGGAGCGAUGUCACUUCGUAUUCACCGAGCACCAUCGAAAGAAUCAAAAACAAAUUUAGGUUUGCGGAGAUUUGCGUGGAAACCAAAAAGAAGGACGUAAUCCAGGCCCGGGGUGUGGCCAUGCAGUCCCUGACGUGGCGGGAUGUAGUGGUCAAGCUGCUCUCCAUAUCCAGGAAAAAAAGUGUGUAAGUGUAACUUUCUUUGAGAAACAGCAUCACAAAUUUGCUCUACAUGACAGAUAAAACCUGUCACGCAUGGCUUGUAAGGGAAAACACACAUGAAGAGAGGACUUCAUGGCUGUCUGGCAUGACAGGUGUAAUUCUGUUGCAUGUUCUGCAUUACACGCAGUUUUUUUCUUGCACACUCCAACGAAGCCCACCUGCCCAUGAAGAAGCGGGUGCGGUACGUGGGGGAGCGAAUCAAGUGGUUUUUCCAAACGCAGAAGGACGUCAUCGUAGACUUCAUGAAAAGCUUGAAAGGCAGCGCGGACGAGCACAUGUAUAGUUUUUUGUUCGUUGUGGAAAGAUUCGAAUUUUACCGUGUGUUGUUCCGCGCCUUUGAUGCGAUGUUUCUUUUUGCGUGACGAGUUUGUACUGCACUAUCAUGAGGCGAUAGAAGUAGGAAAGAGCGGGUACUAAUAAAAUUUUCACCUCCACGAUCGCUACUCUCAGGUACUCAACGCUGUACUCGAAAACGGUCGCCAUCAUCGAAAACAAUGAGAUGGUGAAGAACCUGGUUUACGAGACCUUCGACCGGGCGGUGGAGCGGCAAUUGUCGCAGUUCAUCGAGCUCUUCGACAACACACUGGCUUCGACCUUCAGCAACCCCUGGGUUUUCCUGAAGCGGGCGUCGACCCAGUUGGACGAAGGGUCCCUGGAGGACGUCUGUCUACCCAGCUUCGAGGACACCAAGGAAAGAAUACCGUCGGAAAUAGAGUCCCGUAGCGGAAUCGAUACUAUUCUGCAGAAGUGGCUCGCGAGUACUUAGAAUAUAAGUCAAUGAUUUGUUCAAAAGAUAAAGAUUGUAGAGGUUUUUACAAAUUUCUUCUCCCUGGGUGCAGUUUGUACAAGCAUGCGAAAAAGAUAAACACGAUCUUGCUCCUCCACCCAGAGCCAGAGCAAGAACCGGGAACAACACGUACAUGACCGUAAUCCGACAUCAGCAAACGAUUACUGUGUCUGUUCGUACAUGUUUUAACAAGGUAUUCCGCAAGAGCCGUCGAUGAUUGACGAUGCAGUGGACAAGGCCCAGAUGCUGCUGCUGAAGACGUUCCAAUUCAUCCGCGCCCAGGUGGCGGACCAGAUCGAGCUCUUCGCGGAGAGUUUCUUCAAACUCCCCAUGAUGAGGCGUUUGGAGGAGGACAUGGCCUCCAUCGAGCUUUCCGAUAUGGACCGCGAGGGGCAUAUGAAUGUGUCAGGAUCGAAAUCGACAAAAUCGAAAAAUUUGUGAUGCAUAAAAUGUAGGGCACUGGAGGCCUGUAUUGGGGAGCAGGCAAAUGAGGCCGAUUGUAAGCCUGUUUAGGGGUGUGCAAUGUGCUGCCAGAGUAGCAUGACAGGAGCAGCCUUCUUUGCCCAAACAGCAUGACAGACCGGAUUUGAGUGCUCCCGAAAUUUGUCAUGCGCCACUUACAAACUGAGGCGCCAACUGGUAUCGAUUUUAUGCAUCGCAAGUUUUUCGAUUUUGUCAAUUUAGAUUCUGGCCCUUCCAUAGGGCACGCCGCGCGGCUGGAAGCGCUGCAGCUGGAGUUCGACACGGUGUGCCAGGAGUUCGACGCGGUGGGCGACAGUAUCGAAAAGCUGCAGACUAUGGAACUGUCAGGAUUGAAAUCGUCAAAGUUGGAAUAGUUUGUCAUGCAUAAAAUGCAACGCAGAAAAUGCCUGUCUUGCAGAGUAGGCAAGGAAGGCAGAUUGUAAGCCUGUUUCGGGGUAGAAAUAGAGCUGCUCAAGUAGCAUGACAAAAGGCGUCUUCCUUACCCAAACAGCAUUACAAACUGGAUUGCGACUCUACUCAAAUUUGUCAUGCGUCGCUGAGAAGUUGGGCUUGCAACUGGUAACGAUUUUAUGCAUUAACUUUGUCGAUUUCAACUCUGACACAUCCAUACAGACCUUCGCGCUGAAGGCACAGUCCAAGCUGCGGUCCAGGAAAAGGUGAAGAUAAAAGGAGCACUUCGUCGGGACGGAGUAGUCACGUGCGGUGCUGGGAAGAUGACCGAGGUUGCUCUUGCUUCGUCCAUCUAUUGGAAAGUGAAAACUUGCCGAUGCCCCCACCGCGGGUUUUGUUCAAGAUGCUCUUGCAAGGAAACUGCAAAAGAAAGUCGCGGAUUGAUCGACAUCGCGAAGGAGCAUCGCAAAAUCAAGAUGUUGUUGCCCGUAAGAUUAAGAAGAUAAGCAUCAAACAAAUCUGAGUAUCGCAGCAGGGCGUGCGGAGACCUGCGACAGCCAUGGCUGAAGAACAAGUAUAAACUCUCAAACAAUUGCGAAAAAAAGAGCGCAUGUAUUGAAAUCUGCGAACCGAGAAGGUCAUGACAUGCUCGCCACACUGUGGAAAAAAAGCCUCCCUGUGCCAUCUGUUCUCGAGCUUCUUGAUCGGACCAAAAUUAUGGAUGAAGUUCGUUGAAAGAAAAUGUUCCAAAUGCAGGAAAGCAGAAAGGCGCCAUCGAGCGCUUCACUUCGUUAACCACUCAGAUCAAAAUGCCAAAUUGACACUCUUUGUGAUGCCGGGC